AUUUGGCAAAAGGCAGCAUUUUUUUUUUUUUUAAUUUACCUUUAAUUAUCAUCGUCAUCGUCAUCAUCCUUGUGUCUGUCCCUGAUUUGUUGAAAGUUUAAAGCACAUAUAUUUUUUUUGUUUUUUUUGGCUUCCGUUGGCCACAAGAAUUUGAACUUUCCAAACCGUGUUAUGGAAUAAGAGGGGAUCAUAUGCUCCAUGGAACCGAUCAUUUUUACUUUAUAUGAGCAAUGGAUAAUAUUCUAAACGUCUAGGUUUUAUGCUCCAUUUCUAUCAGACCAAUUCAAAGAUUUAACAAUUUACCAAACACAGAAAAUUCAAAGAUUCAAAAAGUCCACGCUAAAAUAUUCCAGGUAUUUGAAAUUUCUUAUGCACCUGUUGUUCGAUGAUAAAUAUAUAUAUAUAGAAUAUAUAGAUGAUAUUGAUGAUAAGUUAUAAGCUCUCUGGUAUGAUUUGGAACCUCCCAAAAUGACAACCAUUAAUAAAGCUUCAAAACAAUACGGCUUCUAUUGUCCUCUACUCAUCAAUUUUCUAAUCCUCUUAUAUGGAAUUGAAGCUGCUAGCAUAGACAAACUCACAACACAUAUAGGUGUAAUCAUCGAUGACAAUCACCGAGCUGGGAAAGAAGAGAAAAUAGCCAUGAAAAUUGCAGCUCAAAGGUUCAACAGCAGUUUAAAGCCUAACAAGAUGUUUCUCCACUUCAGAAAUCCUGGUGGUGAUCCAUAUCUGGCUGCUUCUACUGCUCAAGACCUAAUUCAAAAGGAGAAAGUGAAAGCAAUUAUUGGCCUGCAAACAUGGCAUGAAGCAGCUCUAGUAGCUGGUGUUGGAAACCGGACUCAGGUCCCGGUUCUUUCAGUUGCAGCGCCGGCCAAGACCUCGCCAUUCAUACCGAAUCGUUGGCCAUAUUUAGUUCAAAUGACAAACCAUGGUCCUUUCCAAAUAAAAUGCAUUGCGGAUAUUGUCAGAUCAUACAAUUGGCAAAAGGUCAUAACCAUCUCUGAAGACUAUGAUUAUGGUGGUGAUUAUGGGAUGUUAGCACUUUUAUCGGAGGCUCUACAGAAUGUUGGUUCAGAGAUUGAGUAUCAAUUAGUUCUUCCACCAUUCUCUUCUCUUUCUGAUCCCAAAGAGUUUGUUCAAGAGGAGCUUCUGAAGCUUCUCACUACUAAACAAUCCCGGGUUUUUAUAGUUUUGCAAUCAUCCUCCGCCAUGGUUACUCAUUUGUUUAGAGAAGCUAAGAAGAUGGGACUUGUGGGUAGAGACUCUGCAUGGAUAAUAUCAGAUACCAUUUCGGACUACUUGGACUCUUUCAAUACAUCUGUUAUAUCCUCCAUGGAAGGAACUCUAGGAACUAAGGUCUACUACUCAGAAAGUAGCACUUCUUAUCAAGAUUUUAGAGCGCAAUUUCGUCAAGUUUUUCGAACCGAGUAUCCAGAGGAAGAUAGCUACGAGCCUGGAAUUCAUGCUUUACGAGCAUAUGAUGGCAUCGAAACGAUUGCACAGGCCAUUUGGAGGAAGUCCAGUAAUGACACUAGUACAAAAAUUUUAGUGGAAAGUAUUCUUUCGAGCAAUUUCAGCGGUUUAAGUGGCACAAUAAAUUUCAAAGCAGGCCAACUUUCAUACCCUCCUGUACUUAAAAUCAUAAAUGUAGUUGGGAGGAGCUACAAAGAACUAGACUUUUGGACACCGGAAUUGGGAUUUUCAGGAAGCCUUGAAACUGAAAAUGGCACAGAAUACUACAAAAAUGGUGAGGGUGGUAGUUACUCCAAAGCUUUGGUUGGUCGGGUGAAUUGGCCUGGAGACCUACACUGGACACCAAAAGGUUGGACAAUGCCUAUUGAUGCAAAGCCAAUGAGAAUUGGAGUGCCAAUGGAUCCUGAAUUCGAGAAUUUCGUGAAGAUAGAGUACAUCAAAAGUUCAAACAGAACGACAUAUAGGGGCUUCUGCAUAGAAGUCUUCUACAAGGUUCUAGGUACAUUGGGUUAUGAUCUUCCUUAUGAAUUCAUUCCCCACAAUGGCUCCUAUGAUGAUCUGGUUAAUCAUGUUGCCAACAAGACUUAUGAUGGUGCUAUUGGAGAUAUAACCAUACUACAUAACCGAUCAAAGAUUGUGGAAUUCACUCAGCCAUACACUGAGUCAGGAUUGUCCUUGAUAGUUCCAGUAAAGCCCCGAGGGUCAGCAGUCCUGAUCGUGAAGCCUUUUACAUGGGAAAUGUGGAUGACCAGUGUAAUCAUCUUUCUUUACACCAUGUUUGUGGUUUGGUUCUUGGAGCAUCCAAACAAUCCAGAAUUUGGUGGCACAUGGAAGAACCAAAUCGGUACCACACUGUGGUUCACCUUCUCCUCUCUAUUCUUUGCUCACAGGGAGAAAAUCAAUAGCAACUUGACUAGGGUGGUGGUGGUCAUGUGGUUGGUUCUUGUGUUCGUGUUAACCUCAAGCUACACAGCCAAUCUUUCUUCAAUGCUCACUGUCCAACAGCUGAAACCAGAUGUAGGGCAGCUAAAAGGAAACUCUAAAGUGGGUUGUGACGGUGAUUCAUUUGUAAAGCAACACCUGGUUGAGGUUCUUGGCUUCAAAGCAGAGAAUGUCAUAGAGUUUCCAAAUGGAACACUAUAUCAUGAAAUGCUCCAAAAAAAGAAAAUUGCUGCCGCUUUCCUUGAGCUUCCGCAUCAGAAAGUUUUUCUCAACAAGUACUGCAAUGGAUACACUGCAGUGACCAGAGGAUCAUACAGAUUUGGAGGACUAGGCUUUGUAUUCCAAAAAGGAUCUCCAAUAGCUAGAGAUUUUUCAGAAGGCAUUCUAAGUCUGUCAGAGAAGGGUGUGUUGAAAGAAUUGGAAAAUCAGUGGUUGACUCCCACAAAAGAGUGCUCAAUCAAUGAAACAUCAGAACCCAAAAGUUUGAGACUCCAAAAUUUCUGGAUUCUCUACCUACUAUCUGGCAUCAUCUCCGCCAUUUGUUUUCUACUUUCAUUCCUGCGCUUGAGAAGGCAAUAUAGACUGCCUCAAGAGCCAGACAUAGACACUGCUAUAUUCCCAAUUAAGAAGGCUUCAACCUUUGCUAAUGACACACACUGGAACCACAUGACCCAACUACGAAAGACUAGCUCUAUACAGUAGCCAUAUAUAUAUAUAUAUAUAUCCUAACAGCUAAAAUUGCUAUAGCAGUAGUCAAUUAAUGUCCAUGACUGGGCUUCUAAUUUAUACGUUAUUUUUAUUUGUAAAUAAUAACAUUAUGUAAAUUUUGCAUGCCAUAUGUGCUUUGUUGUUAAUUUGAGCUUUCUACAUAUAUACAUGGAUUUUGCAUCA